AUGGUUUCAAACAAUACUGUUCCGAUGAAGUUAGAAAGUUCUGACAGAAGAUAUGUAGUUGUCAGAACGUCAGAUUCUCAUAUGCAAGAUACAGAAUAUUUUGACGACUUAGCAGAAACUUUGACAUCUGACUUUUACAACCACUUGUUCUCAUAUUUUAUGACAUUAGAUAUUUCUAAGUUCAAUCCAAGACAAAUUCCACAUACAGAAGAGAGACAAACAUUGUUAGAAGCAAACAAGAGUGUAUAUGAACUGUUCAUAGAUGAAACUGACUUUGAGUGUUUAGAUGAAAGGUCAUUGUACGAUUCGUAUAAACAAUAUUGUCAAGAAUAUGGUUAUAUGACAGCGUCUAAACGAACAUUCUUGGCAAAUGUCAAAAGUCUUUUAGACGUACAGAAUGGUGUAUAUACAAAGAAAAUUUUUUUCUGA